CACUUGUCGGACUCACCGCGCGUGCAUCAGUCAGCCGAGCGCGACGCGAGUAUAUCUUGGCUGGAGGGGCAUGUAGACUGACUCCCCACAUCACACCACCACACACCAUGCCCAUCGCCGUCCCGCUGAGCAGCUACGAGCACGUCCCCGAGACCAAGGCGGCGUUGGACUGGGCCGAUCUCCCCACGAUCGACCUGUCGCUGUACGACACCGAGGCCGGCCGCGCGCAGCUGGCCACGACCCUCAUCGACGCCGUCCGCACAAAGGGCUUCUUCUACGUCACGGGCUUUGGCAUCCCGCAGGCGACUGUCGACCGGCAGUUUGCCCUCGGGCAGGAGUUCUACUCCCUCCCGCUGGACGAGAAGCUCAAGUACGUCCCAGACCUCGACAAUGGCGAGUACAAUGGGUACCGGCCUGCCGGGCGGCGGGUGCUUGCGAAUGGCGUGCGUGAUCGGACCGAGGUGUACAAUAUUCCCAAGUACCAAGUUCCCCAGGAGUUCCCCGACGUCAUCAAGACCAACCUCGACGAGAUCCGCGACUUCCAGAAACUCCUCCAUGACAAGGUCCUCGACCCCUUGCUCACGCUCAUCGCCGAGGCGCUCGAGCUGCCGUCCGACUACCUGACCAACAUCCACCAGUACGACGUGCGCACCGAGGACCACCUGCGCUACAUGCUGUACUCAAAGUACACGCCCGAGGAGCAGGAGCGCCUGCUGGCCGGCGACGGGCUGUACUCGCAGGGCCAUACCGACCUGGGGUCGAUCACGCUGCUCUUCCGCCAGCCCGUGGCGGCGCUGCAGAUCAAGGACCACGGCACAGGCGACUGGAAAUGGGCGAAGCCGCUCGACGCGAGCCUGACUGUCAACACUUGCGACGCGCUGUCUUUCCUGACGGGGAACUACGUCAAGAGCACGAUCCACAGGGUACACCUGCCGCCCGCGGACCAGCGGCACGUCGACCGCCUCGGGCUGCUGUAUUUCGCCCGCCCGCACAACGACGUGCGGCUGAACACGGUCCCGAGCCCCCGGCUCCAGCGCGAGGGCUUCACGCAGAACGAGUUUGAGCGCGAGGGCCUCGACGUGCCCACCAUGGGCGAGUUUACGCAGAAGAAGCAGACGUGGCAGCAGAAGAAGAGCGAGGCGUUCAGGUUUAGGGACGGCGAGGAGAUUGUGCCGGGGUUCAAGGGGAGGUAUCAUGAUUGAGUGGCUGCGAGCCGCGAGCCGCAGGCGAGCGGCGAGCGGCGAGCAGCGAGUGGAGGUGGGAAAGAUGAAGGCAGUAGGCUUGACCUAGCAAGUAGUACCUCGUUGCCAUGCACUUACAUCAUCG